GAUCCUUCAAAUUUAAAAGAAAAUUAAACUCAUAAUAUCAAUUUUCGAAGAAAUUUCUAACAAAAAAUGAUAGCAAAAAUAAUCCUUCUACUCUAAAACUAUUGGGUUGGCAACUAAGUGAUUGCGGAUUUUGUCAAUACCAUCUAAUGACAAAAUCCGCAAUCAUUUAGUUGCCAAACCAAUAGCUCCUAACGUUAAGAAAUCCGUAGAUCAUCGAAAGAUGAGAACGAUGAAGAUGAGAAUGAGAAUUAUGUCCUUUCCGAUAGUAAAAUUAGAUUCUAAUAAUGAGAAUCCUUUCACACGGAUUUCUAAUAAAUACAGUAGCGCAAGACGAAUCCUUUUAACCAGAGAAUUAAACUCCGAUAUUAAAAGGUGAAUCGACUAGCAAUGAAAAUAGUUUCAAUGUAUUCAGCGGCUCUUCCACUUUGAUAGUGGCGUUUUCAAUGGUACGUUAGUAGAGGGAAAAGAUGGGUAACGUCGAUAAAAGUUCCCUGCUAUUGUUUCACAGACGAAUUUCGUCGUCUUGCCAUAUGGAAUUCGUUCAUCGAUUAAGGACACAGGGAAAAAGGAGUAGAGGAGCGAGCAUGACGAUGUUCAUGCUCGAUAAAUCACCAAUUCCUUGCUGUUUUAUAGUCAGAGGGAGUCGAUCGUUUCGCUGUUUUUGCGCUUUCUCGGCACAGAAACCCCGUGAGUUUUUCCCCUUUUUUUAUCUCUUGUCACACCAUGAAAUUCUUCCACCUUGCUCCGCCAGUGAAACGUCUCUAACGUUUUCCGUUUUACGAGCAGUUUCCGUACCACGUGCCCGGAUUUUCACAUUUUUGCAUACUCGACCCACAAACCUCCCGUUAAUUUCUUUCUUCCAACAGGAAUUUCUUAGGUCAGGUCAAUGAUUCUGCAGGAUUCUCUUCGAGAAUUUCUUACCUGCUUCGUUCUCGGUCCAUCAAACACUUAUAUUUUGCGAACCAUCUUUUCUUCCUCUUUUUAUUACAGAUAUUUUUAUUAGAAAUAUUUUUCUAUAGCGACGCUACGAAUUUCAACAAAUUCCAUAGGAUCGAUAAACGGUAAAUUGAUUUUUCUUCGUUGGGCGGACGUGAAACCUCGGAUCAUCGACUCGACGUGCAUUUUCGGAAGAUACAAAGUGCAAUGGAAAUACAAUGGAAGACACAAUGGAAAAUACAAGAUACAAAAUACAAUGGGAGAAGGAAAAAUGCUAGAAGAUUAAAAGUUUGAAUUUGAUAUUAGGAAAUUCAUUCGAUGAAAGAUACUGAAACUUCAAGUUUAAGCUGUUGGCAAUUUUCGAAACGCUCCGAGACAUUUGUCAGAAACUCGAAGAAACUUUGUAUUAUCCCGAAGACGAGGAUCGUUCGAUUCCACUGGACUUCCGAUGGACGCGCAACGAGCCAGGAUUUUUCCCUUCCGAUUCCGGUCUGACAGUGCGGUCGCUUGGCCUACUCGAAACCGGAAUUGGGUCGUUCUCCGGCGUAGAUAACCGCGAAAACGAGCAGCAGGACGCGCAUUGGAAAAAGGAGAGAACAGACGACUGUCAAGUGCAGGGAUCGUCUACUUUCGUUGUCGGCCGACCCAAACGGAAGGGGAAUAUCGUGUGCAGAAACUCGUGACUCGUGUGUGUCGUGUGUCCUAUGUUUUUUUAAUAAACCGACGGAUUUUUCUAGAAUUGCGAGAAACAUCGAAGGAACUACGUCACGAAGAAAAAUAGCGAAAACGAAGAAAAUUUCUGAAUAUCGUAAAAAUGAAAAAGUGACCAACAUUUGUAAAUGAAACAUUUGUUGAUCGAGAUUCUUGGGAAAUUAUCAAUUGACACUACAAACUCAUAGUUUCCUUUUUCUAGCAUUUUUCUCAAGCUCUUUUUAUCCUUUAAAAACAAUUUAUCUGAUACUAUUUUAAAUAGAAUACAAAAAGGUCUCGUUUCCCUCUAAAACCAAAGACUCGCGAAUGUUUAUAUCUGUUAGCGCAAAUAAUAAUCUUUUACGAAUUGUUAAUAGAUCAAAAUUAUUCCACUAGUUUCUCUACCGUUAAACGGAGGAUAGUUAAACACAAGUUGCGAUUAUUAUUUGAGCUUAAUUUACGGAAAAAUGAGAUUCCUUAAUAAAGAAUGCUUUAACCCAUUAAUUAAGAUGUCUUUUGAUCAGAGUAAUUAGAAAUUGGCGAACGCGAAUCAAUGUUGGUGAAGUCGGUAAAUAAAUGUGCUCGUAACUGUGGUAUAAAGUAUGUCAAGUAAUUUUGUAAAUGUAAAUAGAAUAAAUUAGAAUAAUUUUUAAUGAAGAAAAACUCUUAAAUAUACAAAUCGAAUAUAAGAUGUGGCAAUUAGAUAUCGACGAUCGAAAUGAGAAAUUCUUAAAUCUUCUGCUUUGUCACAAUAAUCCUGAUCAUUUAUAAAUAUUUCUUAUCGCGUAUCGUAAUAGAUUUAUGCUCGUAAUUUAAGAUAUUAAAUUACACGUAUACAUAAGCUACGAAGUGAUAAUUGAUCUUUGAAAGAAAACGGAACGAAAGUUUCAGACGAAUGUUAAUUAAAAGGCGACAGUCACGAUGACUAUUCGGACACAAAGAAGUCGUGCAUGGGAUUGGUAUUGUACAGGUUUAUCUUGUAUCUAACAUCUGCUUUAACCAGUUCCUGGGCACGACUUGACCUCUGUUUGAAACAAGGCCAGACUCUCGCCGCUCGCUGAUAAAACUCGCCUUAGAAAGUCUUUUCACCCCUUUCCGCUCUUUGCUCAGAUUCCGUGAAGCCGUGUAAUAAAACAUUUUUCCUUCCUAUUUUACGCCUCACCCGUAGAAAUCCAACCAGCUGGUCGAUUUCUUCCUUAACGAUCCAUUUGUUUUACCGAUCGACUUCCUGUCCCUGGUUACGACACUUAUCCUUGAACCUCUUCGUCUCAUUCGCGAACUUACUUUUAUUAUUUCAUGGUCGAAUCGUUCAAAUUGAUUCGAUCGAAUAUUUACUUAUUUUAUUUACUUUACUUAUUAAUUAAGGGAACUUACAUUUAUGGAUAUUUCGGUUAGGAAAAUCACAGGAGAUUGAAAUUUCUGAAAAUUUCAUUCUUUCGCGGUAGGGACAGAAUGAGAGAUUUUAAAAUUUCACAUCCAUCUCUGGAUGAAUCUUCUAACCUACUAAAAUCACCAGCUCUCUUAUAGCCACGUUUCACUGCCAGUAUAAUAUGCUACGAGUAUAAUAAAAUGAAUAAUACUCGAAACUCGAGAGUUUUAGCGUCUGACAGAUAAGACGACUUGAAAAUGUUAAAUCCACUUACGAACGACUUUUAUAGCGUCUUUUAUAGAUAGAACCGUCGUAAUCGUAAGCUAUAGCCACGUAUAGAAUCGUUAGAAAAUUUCACACGUGUACAAUCCAAUAAGCCGAUAAUCCUACGAAACUACGAACACAAGGUAGACAUAUAGGCAAAGUUGUACCAUCUGAAAGAUUGCCUAAUUGAUCGUGAAAAUAUCGAGAUGCAUAGUUAAUCGUUGCAAUUCCCACGACUUAACGAGCGAGCAACGGUGAAACGAGGGAAAAGUGUAGCUGGGAAACGCGUUAAACGAUUAUUUCUUUCAUUGCAGGUUUUAUAUGCGGCCAGCGUGAAAAGUGUCCCAGAAUCCAUCCGAGAAAUCCGAUAUAACGUGGUCGGUUACGUGGGUCUAUUCUAUGAGUUUCGUGACUUCUCGCGUUAACACGCGUUCUCGACGUUAAAAACCUUUCGUUAUUCUCAAGUGUACUUUCCAUGGAAACUGGUUGUCGAUGCGUGAAUAUCGUCCCGACAUCUAGGCUAUCCCCUUUCGCGGUUGUUCUUUCUUCCUUAUUUUUCCGGCCACUUUCGUUCCGACCUCGCCAAGAUGUUAACGUACCGAUAAUGAAAACAAGUAUUAAGCAGAGAGAAGACAAGAUGCUGACAAUCGUAAUUAUCUGAUCGCCUAGAAACUACCGCCGAUGAACUUACUUACACAGGCUCGCGAGAAUACUCGAACGCUUAUGGUUAUCCUUUGCGAAUAGACUGCGGAUUUUGAUGAAUCCAUUCGAGAAAUUCGAAGGUGUAGAAACGCAACGUGACAUACGACAGUAUAAAUAAAGUAUUCAAAGUAGAGUAAUUAUUAUGAUAUUUAGUAGAUGAAACGAAUUGAGAUAAAGUUUGAAAAUAUACUGGGUGGCCGGCGAGUCGGUCUCUACGAUUUUCCAUUUCCUUUCUCGAUUUCGACGUGAAAUGUUUUGAACCAAAAGUUAGCGUGUUUUCAAGCGGCUACAAAUGUCGAUACAAGUUUAGGUUUUCCUUUUAUCGAUUAACUCUCGUUCGAAACAUCUCUCUUGCUAAAUUAUCUGGCGUUUGAAAUAUCGUGGCUACUGAUUCGCGCACCACCCUGUAUGUAGAAAUUACAAGAUAUUUGUAAUAUUCGUAUCAUAAGCGAUGGUAAUGAUUCGAUAGAAAUACAAAUAGUCAAAAGUUGGUAGAAACGAUAGGAAAAAUUCGUACGCUUAAAACAAUUUACCUCGUCGUUAAUAAUAAAUGGCGUAUUUCGAUGUUAACGACGUGAUAAUUUAACAAAGAUGUAGCUUUGUAUAUCUUACGUAUAGGGUGACUCAGGAAUAAUACAGUACGUUUGAUAAAUCGUUCGGCAAACGGUGCAAUGAUAGAGUGAAACGUUUUUCUGUUCGUUCUGAAACGAAUUGGUGAACUUGAGCGAAUGGAAACAUACCGGAUGGCCUGUGUCUUAGGACAACAGGCUACCAGAAUUCGUACUAUAAAUGAAACCUUCUGCGCAAUUAAUUUUGGACACCAGAGUGUUGCAAGAAUACGUUGUCGAAAUCUUUCUGCGGCGUCCCCUUCGCCCACGCCUCAGCUGGAACUAAACGAGCACUUUGUCAACGGCAAUUGGAGUAAGGCUGAUGAUUAAGAGACGAAUUUCACCUUCACGCUUUUUAGAGAACACGUCGACUCUAGUUUCUCGCGUGUUAAAGACGCCGAAUCGCCGAAGAUCCUGUUUAGUGCAACAGACACACCGCUGUAGAACAUCUUAAACACAUCCACCAUCUUUCGUUCUACGAAAUACGCCAACGCAGAAUGGAUCGACAGAUUAUUACGACGAAACUCUUAUUCCUCAUCUUGUUGCUAUUCGCAAGCUCAGUUCGCGCGAAAGAUCACGCAAAAUCAAACAACCUGACUCCAAACGAGGCGGUGAAGCCAGUGGAAGAAUUCGUCGAGGAGUCCUCCACCGAAGACCAAUUUUCGUUGGAAUCCGCGACGACCACAGAGUCCGCCACAACUGUGCAGACCUACCAGAAGCUGACACUGUCCAUCAAUGCCAGGAAAAACAUUUCCAGAGAAUUCAGACCCAGUGUACAUCUAGGUGAAAUUAAGGAAUCCAGAAUCAGCAAUGUUCCCUUCAACGCUGUUCAUCAUUUCAACUUCGACAAUGGAGUGGACCCUGACUCGUAUCAUCAACAUUUAAAAGAUUUCCAAAUAGUCUUCCAGCCUACGGCGCAGACUCUGCAAACUCUUCAGGCUGGUAAUCGAGGGAAUUCUUAUCAGAAUUUAUUCGAAACUGUCGUUUCACCAACCGAAGAGAGUAAGAAAGAUGGGACGACGCAGAAUGGUUACGUGAAAUUUCAAGACGAUGGAUUGGAUGCUGUCAGAGUCGAAUACGACGACUCUUCGAAGGAUCAAGCUUUCCAUCAACAGUUCUCUCAUUCGGUUACGGAAAAUAUGGGGGUGCAGUACGAUUCGACGGACCAACAAACCUUCCAGAAUUUAGAGAAGCCUGUUUUCGAACAGCAGACGUCCACCGUUUGGGGAAAACCGUCAAAAUUUCAGGGUGAAAGUGAGAAACACGAGGGAAGCUUCUCAAAACCGGAACUGAACGCCGAUCCUUUAAAGAUGUCACAUUAUACUGGAUUUUACGAUCAUCAGAAUCGGCAACACUCAAAUCUGCAAAAUUUCGAGUUAUUCAGGAAGCCGAGUAACGGGGUGGUCUAUAUUCAGGAGUCGUCGUUUCUCACAACUAGGAAGUAUCCUUAUCCUAUUUAUCAGCCACACCAUGGAUAUCAUCAGGUUGAUUUUAUUAAUAACGAACGUCCGACUUAUCCUGUUAAGAAAAGAGUGUCCUCCUGGAAAAAGAUCUUCCAUCUGAUCGGCGCUAUUCUGCCUCUCGGUCUGCUCAUAGCUGCUCUGACUCCAAAUGUCGUAAAGGUCGACAACACUACCCAGCCUAACAUCGUUUUGUCCAAGUGGAGGGUCGCUGACCUUCCAGUGGAACAUAAACAUGCCAGAUUCACGGAUCCCUUCAACGACUGCGAGGAAAGAUCCAUUUGUGAUAUGAUCUUGGCUGGUGGUGACGCUGGAUCCACCGUGUUGCAGAACAUUUUAUGGAACCUGGCGACAAGAACAUCGACAACAAUGGCGAAAGAAAGCGGACUUCACGAUGUUUUCGAGGCGGUGAAGAAAAAGGAUUGUACCAACGUCCUUUGUUAAUCUCUUCUUUAAUUUGCGAUGAAAAAUAUAGAGCCGAACGAGGGUAACAGUGAUUCCCUCCAUUAUAAUCGCGGAUGUGAGCAAUUUUCACGGUGAAAAAUUGAAACCUGCUAAUGUUUAACUUUCUCCAAGCGAUCGUAUUAAAAAUAAGACACAGAAACGGACUCGUAGAAACCUAGCAGAAAGUAGCUGCUAAGUAAUUACUGCCCAUUUCAGCUCUUUAUAUGUCGAUUAAUAUUUCUAUCAUUCGAAAACAACCAUAACCUCGAGAUUAUUGGUGUAAUCUGAAUUUUUAUAAUAAGAAAAAAAUU